AUGGAGCCAGACGUUAUUCGAAUGUAUUCUUCAUCCCCACCACCACUAGACAAUGGAGCCGAGGAUGAUGAUGACGAUGAAUUUGGGGAAUUUGGUGGGUUUUCAGAAGUUAGCCCUUCUGGUGUAGGGUUUGUUGAUUUUGACACACCAGAUUAUAGUCGUCCCAAGGAGGAUUUUGUACCUUCAAACCAUUUUAUGCCAAUACAUGAUUUCUCAGAAAAUGUAGAUAGCCUUACAAGCUUUAAGCCCAUUAAAAAUAGUAAUGAUAAGGACAGCACUGCUGAACUUCCUGCUCUUGUGAAAGAACAGUCUGAUGUUUUACUUUCUGCCACCAGCAAAGACAUCAUUUUGCCUAAAACUUUAGAUACUUCCAUGGAAAGUCCAGGAGAUUUAAAUAAAGCAGUGGAGCAGAGACAGAAUGUUGGAACACCUGAAAGUUUCUCUCCAGGAGAUUUUAGAACUGAUGUGAACGCUAUUCAUCAAAAGCAGCAUUCAGAGAGCUGCAAUGGUAAAAAGCCUCCUUGUCUGGAGAUUCUAACAAAUGGGUUUGCAGUUUUGGAAACUGUAAAUCCUCAGGGAACAGAUGAUCUGGACACUGUAACUGACUCAAAGGGACUAAAGCAGCUUGACACUCCUAGCACUGAGGAAAAUUUAGACUCUGCACCUAGUCCUGCAGAGGAAUUUGCAGAUUUUGCCACAUUUUCCAAAAAGGAAAGGAUACAACUAAAUGAAAUAGGGUGUACAGUUUUGAAUGAUAGAGAAGCUGUAACCAUUCAGGAAAACAAUAAAAUUAACAGAGUCAGUGAACUAAAUGCUGUGAAAGAAGUGUCUUUGGAAAGAAGCCUUGACAACAAUGGAGACACUGAUGGAGAGGAUGCGGUUUGUGUUUCAGAAACAAGUGGAGUGAGGAACAGAAGUUUCAAUAUUGAGAAACAAGACCCUAAAACACUGCAACAGGAUGAGUUUUUAAAUUCAAGCAUUGCGUCACAUGCUUGGAGUUUGGUAGACUCUGCUGAUAUCUCAGAAGCCAAUAGGAAAGAACAAUGGAAAACUGAGGAAAAACUUGAUUUAUUUACUUCUAAAUGUGCUGACUUAUGUAUGGAUUUUAUUAAAACGGAUGAAGCUGACAAUGAAAUUGGUUCUUCCAAAGAAGAAAUCCCAAAGUUUACUAAUACCCAGAGUCCCAGCAUCGAUCCCACAGAAGAAAAUGUUUUAGAAGAUUCUGUAAGUAUAAAAAAUGGCGAUAGUAGUAACGACUUCGUGACUUGCAAUGAUACAAACGAGGAUGAUUUUGGUGAGUUUGGCACAGCCAGUGGGACAACACCUCCAUUUGCUCCUGGCACUCAAGAUUCAAUGAGUGAUGUCACUUUUGAAGAGUCCUCGGAACCCUUGCCACAAUUUAGUGAACCAGGUGAUGACUUUGGAGAAUUUGGGGAUACGUAUACUGUUUCUUGCCAAGAAGAUGUUAUAUUUACCAAGUCAGACCUGAAUCAGACUUCUGAUAGUUUAUCAGAGGGCUGUCAGUUAGCAAGAAAGUCUACUGGGACAGGCAUUGAGCCUGCUUCAAAACUGAAAAAUGGGCAAGAAGGUGAGUUUGGAGAUUUUGAUUCUGUGCCAAAUAUUCAAGAUGACUGCAGUGCUUCUCAAGACUCUGAUGAUUUCGCAGACUUCAGCUCAGCUGGUCCCAGUCAAGUUGUAGCUUGGGAUGCUUUUGCGAAUGGGCAGAAAGAGAGCUGUUCUUGGGCUGCUUUUGGAGAUCAUCAGGCUACUGAAUCUCAUCACCGAAAGGAGGCCUGGCAGUCACAUAGGACAGAUAAACAAGAUGAUACUUCAGGAACCCCGGCAACUCAUAGUGUCCCUUUCGCAACUUCCAGAGGAGCAGUUGCUACUGGCCAUUUGCAGGAAUCAGCCACUUCAGUUCAGACAGCUUUACUAAACCGCCUGGAACGGAUUUUCGAAGCAUGUUUUCCUUCCAUGUUUGUCCCUGAUGCUGGGGAGGAAGUUACUUCUCUGAAGCACUUACUGGAAUCAUGCUCCUUGCAGAUGAAAAGAGAGGCCUUAGCUGAAAGUGGGGAACUGAUGGAUGUGUGGACAGAGCUUCAGGAUAUUCAUGACGCUCAUGGCUUGAGAUAUCAGUGGGGCGGUUCCCAUAGCAACAAGAAGCUGUUGUGCUCCUUGGGAAUAGACACUCGGAACAUUCUUUUCACGGGCAACAAGAAGCAGCCUGUCAUAGUGCCCAUGUACGCAGCAGGAUUGGGUAUGUUAGAGCCCACCAAGGAACCAUUGAAACCACUAUCUGCUGCAGAAAAAAUUGCUUCUAUCGGUCAGACAACCACCAUGUCCCCAGAGAUGAACACAUGUACAUCUGAUCAAUUCCAGGAGUGUCUACCACCCGUCCAGUUUGACUGGAGCAGCAGCGGCCUUACUAACCCUUUAGAUGGUGUGGAUCCAGAGUUGUAUGAGUUAACUACUUCUAAGCUGGAAAUCACCUCAAGCCUCAAAGUGACUGACACUUUUGCAAGACUCAUGUCCACAGUAGAGAAGACAAGCACAUCUACCAGAAAACCUAAAAGAGAAGAGCAUUUAAGUGAAGAAGCCAUCAAGGUGAUCAGCAGCCUUCCUGACUUAACCUUCAUGCAUGCCAAGGUGCUGAUGUUCCCAGCCACAUUAACACCAUCUUCCAGCUCCCAAGAGAAAACAGACUGAGAGCUGAUUGAAUUGGGCAAUUUCAAUUGGUUUUCCUUUCUUCCAUCCCUCCCUACCAUCAAAAGCAUAUGUGUGCUCUCAUUUAAAAAAAAUUUAAAAAAAAGGUUCAAGUUCAGCUGAUUGUUGGUAAGCCGCACUAGAAAGGUAUACAUAGUAAUGUAUAUUUAUUUACAUACUGAAGUCCUAAAUUUAUAUUAGAAAAAAAAUGUAAAUAAUCAGGGGUAAACAUUUUUGAAGAUUGAUUCUUUUUUGUGUUGCUGGGGUGUAUACAUUUAUGUCUUUGUGAAAUACACUGGUGGUGUCCUUCUGACAAAACUUUUGAAUGAAAUAAAAAAAAAUUAAAAACUCAAAUUUCCACUGUCUGUGAAAUCCCCUUCAGUCUUUUCAGACUACAUUGAGUGUCCUAUUGAUUUUUUUUCACAUCAUCUGUUGGAUUUCUUGCUUUCAUAAGUUCUAAAGUCCCUGUUUAAAUUUUUUUCUUUUUAAUAUUGUGUGUAGUGGGUUUGUUUCAGAUCUGGCUUUGGGGGCUCUUUUUUAAUCUUUCAAUCUGGCAUAUUGCUGCUUGACAUUUUAUAAGGGACUUUCAUCGAUUGCUCUUUGGUUUAGGAUAUGGAUCACUGUCAGAACUUGAUUGGAGGGGUUUAAAGAGAUUGUGUCAGUUUUAAAUUAGUUUGAUUUGGAGAAGGACCAAAUUAUAUGAAUGUCUUACAAUGAAAAUCUCUCUGUUCUUGAUUUUUUGUUGCUCUAUUGUAUCAUUAUUUUUUUGAGGAUUUUGCACAGUGUAAAUGACAUAAUCAUAGAUUGCUAUGGUUUAGGCUGUACAUAGAGUAAAAACUAUGGGUUUUAAAUGUUUGGGGAAAUUCCUAUGGAAAAAAGAGAGACAUGUAAAAGAACCUCUAACAAGGUUAAUGUGCAUGCCAAGGUCUUUGGAGAGUUAAGUGUGUAAAUUUCCUUUUAGCUUACACAAAAAUAAAAUAAUUUAAAAG